AUGCGGCACUAUGUGGAGCCUACUUAUAAGAACUUAACACUGGCGGCUCAAAAUAACAGCAACACAACAUCUUUAAACAUUGCAUUAGGAUUACCAGGUAUGUUCUCAACAUACUCUGAUUCGCAAACGAGGAAGCUUCGGAUUAUUACAAUAGUAUCAUCAUGUGCUUCUAUUGUUGCAGGUUUCCUUGGCAUUUUCUUUUUAACAGGAAUUGACAGAAGGCGACAUAUUUUUAGACAUGACUUGAUUCUUUUGCUUUUAGUGUAUGAUAUGAUGAAAGGCAUUGUAUUUUUGAUCUAUCCAGUCGCAACUAUAAUCCACAAGCAUGUAUAUGGUAUACCGAAAUUUUAUAAUACUCUAGGAUGGUUCACGGCAUUCACAAUAGAAGGAGCAGAUUUAGUCAUUGGUAUAUUUGCAAUUCAUUUUGCUCUUCUGAUAUUUAAACCUUCUUGGAAAUGGAGAAAUCGAAAGACGGGAAAUAUGGAAGGUGGGUUAUAUAAAGUACGAUAUUUUAUGUUCCCCAUUUUGUUCCUUGUUCCAGCGUUAUUAGCAAGCUUGGCAUUCAUUAACUUCAACAAGAAACCAAAGAUUAACUACAACAUCAAUAUUGUAUUGGAUAAUAAUGAUAUCAGUAUAGUGUCAAAGGCGAGAGUAGGCGGCUACAAGCCUUGGGGGUCAUGGUGUUACUUACCUCCAAAGCCAAUAUGGUACAGGAUUGCACUAAGUUGGGGACCGAGAUAUUUGCUCAUUAUAUCGAUUGUUAUAAUAUAUGUCAGCAUUUACGUCUAUGUCAGAAGGGAAAGUGAAAAGAUUAAAACACAACUGAGUGAAUUCGAAAAUCCUACGAAUAUAAAACAUAACUCUUUUAAAAAAAGACAAGAUUCUGUGACCCAAUGGCCUCAGGUAAAUAUACUACGACCAGUAAUCCAAUUUGCAUAUGGGACAAAACAUUUUUUUGCACUCUCUGUGGAAGAUCCUCACAAUAAAGACCAACCAGUAUCCUUUACGCACUCUGUAACUCAAAGGAACGAAAAAUCAGACGACGAAAGUAUGGUAUUUUCGCCACAACAGGGUGGCUUACACAUCUUACGCUAUCACCAUACAAAUGGGCAUAUUGUUAACGGAACUUCCACCGCAUCUUCGGCUGAUUACAUUGUUCCCGAGUCAAGGACGAAUAUUGACAUCAACUUAUCUUCGCACGCAUACGCGACUGAAAUAGACCAUGAUCGAGACGAGAUACCUUCGUCAUACAAUUCUGAGACGAAUAGUAAUAGUAUAUUCAAUGAAAAUAUUGAAAGAAACCGAAAUGAUGAAAAUCCAAACCACUUGAUCCCAAAAUCAUCGCAACUGGGGAAUGAUAUUGAUGAGUUAGCUCAGGUACGGCAAAAUUUUCAACGAGAAACCUAUGCCGAUCUUAAACAUCGUAGAUCACAAAUCCAACGAAAUUUGCGAACAAUAUUUAUCUACCCAAUUUCGUAUGUUUUGAUUUGGUUUUUUCCAUUGCUGCUAGAUGCAUUCCAAUAUAGUCAUGAAGAAGAGUAUGGACCAAUCCUUUGGUUGGCAUAUAUUGAAAACUUCAUUAGACCUGCUAGUUGUUUAAUAAACUCGAGUGUAUUCGUUUCAAGAGAGAAACCUUGGAGGUAUUCAUGGAAAGAGGUACAGUCCAAAGAAAUAAUGGAUAAAUAUACUAUCAAAGGACAAAUCGGCGAAAGCGAUAUCUUAGAGCUUUGCAAUGAACGCCUAGGGAAAAGAGGUUGGUAUUACCGUGGAAGAUGCAGGAAGCGAGAAUGUUGGAGACAUAAGCCACAGGUAUGGAAAAGGGUUCUAUGGUUUUUUUAUAGGUUCUCGAAAGGAGUCCUUUUUUUUCAUGGUUCAAUUACUUUCCAAGAUAAUUGUGACGAUGAUAUAUUUUGGAUGAACUAUUAUAAUGGCGUCGAUCAGGAAAAUAUUACAAGCAAUAGGAAGCCAAUUGUGUCGAACGUAGAUGCUCAUGAAUCCGACCCAUUUGACCAACAAUCUGUAAGCACAUCACCAGGGAGAUUGAGUAUUCCCCAGGUACCUUUGCUAUGGAGGGCUAUUCAUAACCUUCCGAUGUUAAGUGGUAUCGAUUUGGAUGAGUUGGACAGGCAGCUGAGGAUAAAAUAUAAAGACGACGACUUCAUCAUCCCGGGAUUAGAGUUUAUUCUGGAUACAAAUGCAAGCCCGCCGGGCAUUUCCAACGUUACACCUAAUUCAAAUGUUGAUGCUUCUUGUAAUCGUUCUGCCAACGAGAUAGGUAGUGUAAAAUCUAUCAGAGUCCCAGUAAUGUUUCAGAAUCAAAACAUAAGAGCAUCAACAACAGCAGACAGACAAACUGGAAAAAUGGACAUUUUAUCCUUUUUGAACGGAUAA